UAGGCCAAAUAAAUAAACAAACGACAGGGGGGGAAGGAGAUAAGGAAAUUCCUGUCUGUCUUUUCCUCUUCCCGAGCAUCUUGCGCUGCGCAGUGUUGGCCACACCACCGGGGAGCGGUGCGCAUUUUCUGUCAGUCUGAAGAGAGGACCAGCGCAUCUGAAGCGGCAUUUCUGAGCCGAAACGGACAGAUCAGAGAGGGAAGAAACACCGCAGUCUGACAACCGAGGGGACCAUUGCGGGUCCCUCUCUUAUUUUGAAAGCUUUUUUUAAUGCACUCACGCGGGAGGAACAGCAGCCAAACCUGAUGCCCGCUCCAAACAGGAUAUUUGAUCGGCCUAUGGAGAGUUGAUUUAGGCCGACAUUCCGUAAUUUUCCAAAAACAUUUUUGAUGAUUAGAGGAGCUUCGCUUGCGCAGCGUUUUCAUUUGUCUAUUUUCGAAAUAAUAGCAGGGAUUGAGAAAAUAGCCUUCACUGCCAGCUGAGUGUUACAUAACCGAGUGGCUUUAGCUGUCCGAGGUGCUGAACUGAACGGCCAGAGCCUAUAACGGGACAAGCCGUGGGGAAUUCACAACCUUGCAAGGUCACAGGCCUAUCAGUCGGGGAAGAGGAAAGCACGGGAUCCGCUCACUGAACCACUGGCUGGGUUUUAUUCAGAUUUCUUUUUUAAAUCGUCCCGUGUUGAGAUACAUUUCCUGAGGUGGUCGAUACAGCGGAGAGAAAAUGUCGGGGCAAACGCUCACGGAUCGCAUUGCCGCUGCGCAAUACCAGCUAACGGGAUCAGAUAUGGCCCGGGCUGUCUGCAAAGCCACCACUCAUGAAGUGAUGGCGCCCAAGAAAAAGCACCUGGAGUACCUGGUGUCAGCCACCAACACCACCAACGUGAACAUCCCUCAGAUGGCUGACACGCUGUUUGAGCGAGCCACCAAUGCCAGCUGGGUGGUCGUCUUCAAGGCCCUCGUCACCACUCAUCACAUGUGUGUCCACGGCAAUGAGAGGUUCAUUCAGUACUUGGCUUCCAGGACCUCCCUGUUCAACCUCAGCAACUUUAUCGACAAAACCGGCUCUCACGGCUACGACAUGUCUACAUUCAUCAGACGGUAUGGACGGUACCUGAAUGAGAAAGCUUUCGCCUACCGUCAGAUGGCUUUUGACUUCACCAGAGUCAAGAAGGGUGCUGAGGGCGUGAUGAGGACCAUGACCACUGAGAAGCUGUUGAAAGGCAUGCCUGUUCUGCAGACUCAGAUUGACACACUCUUGGAGUUCGACGUCCAUCCCAAGGAGCUGAACAAUGGGAUCAUCAAUGCUGCAUUUCUGCUUCUCUUCAAGGACCUUGUCAAACUCUUCGCAUCCUACAAUGACGGCAUCAUCAACCUAUUAGAGAAAUACUUCAAGAUGAAGAAGAGUGACUGUAAGGAGGCCCUGGAGAUCUACAAGAGGUUCCUGACCAGGGUGACAAAGAUUGGGGAAUUCAUGAAGCUGGCUGAGACAGUUGGAGUUGACAAAAAUGACAUUCCUGACAUCAACUAUGCUCCCAGCAGUAUCCUGGAGUCGCUGGAAACACACAUGAACGGUCUUGAGGAUACAAAGGGUGGAAAGAAGGGUGAAGGGUCUCCAACAAAGGGAUCUCCGACAAACAAUGUGUCUCCAACAUCGACUCCAGCCAAAUCUUCUAACGCUGUUCCCACACUGCAGCCUCCUCCCGGGGAGAGUGCUGCUGCUGCCCCGGCUGCUCCUGAACCUGCCGAAGAUUCCUUGUUGGAUCUGGAUCCACUGUCCUCCUCGGGUCCUUCAGCACCAUCAGCUGCCCCUACAUCUUGGGGAGACCUUCUUGGAUCAGAAAUGGGCGAUUCCUUGCUUUCUGAACCCACCCUCACGGCAGAACCCGCCCCCUCCCCUGCAGCAGCAACGCCCACUCCUGCAGCGGCAGAACCUGGAGUCUCUCUAGCUCCUCCCACUAGCACAGCAGCCGCCACCUCCCCUGGUGCCGCCAAUAUGGAUCUGUUGGGAGAUGCCUUUGCAACACCUGUCCCUGCCACUGAGGCCUCUGCAGCAGCAGCUGAAGGUGGGGCUGCCGCUACGCCUGCCCCAGCCGCCACCGCUGGAGCUGAGUCCACAGGAGGAGAUGCCUCAGCUGCUGCAGCUGCUGCUCCUGCUGCCCCCGGUGCUGAGCUCAUGUCAGUAUUUGAUGGACUAGGGGAUGUAAUGAAGCCCACUGUGACCCCUCAGGCGGGUGAUGUUGACACCUCUAUGGCUAACAUGGCAAGUAAUCUCACAAUGGGAACCGCAGCGGCCCCUCAGGUAGCUCCCCCCAGUUGGGGUGCUCCCAUGCCCGGAGCACCAGGUGUUGGAGCUCCCAUGAUGCCCAUGGUGAGGCCAGGGUUCCCUGCAACCGGAGCAACCCCCGGAGCACCGAUGUCUCCUGGAAUGGCCCAGAGUCCCAGAAAGCCUCCCCCACCCAGGAACGCUCUGGAUGACCUCAAUAUUAAGGACUUCAUGUAGACUGACUGACCCAUAAACCCCCAAGGUUUGUCAUUGUGUCUGGAGCUCCGUGGAUGUGGAUGUCUGCACUUUCCCACUGCCUCUCCUCAGUCAUGCCCCAGCCCCUCAGCCAACCAGCCAUCACAUCUAUGAUCUUUGCCCUCUGACCUCCUACCAGCCACGACCGCCCUAAAAAAAAAAAAACCCUGCCCCCCCUUAUCUAA